AUUAUGUAUUCUCACUCCGCUUCAGACAGAUGAAGACGGAAGACACACGGAAGAAACACACACAAGGCGGAAAUGUAGCGGAAGUGUUUGAUGUGUCGGCAGAGCUGCAGGAUUACAGGGUCUUUUGGUGGGGUUCUGCUGGGGUCGUGAUGGGGAAGUAUUUCUUCAGUGAGACGGACAUCGAGAGCGCGUGGGAACUCGUUUCGACGGCGUUCUGGCAACGAUACCCAAACCCUUACAGCACUCACGUUCUGACGGAGGACGUUGUUUUCCGUGAGGUGACGUCAGAUAACUGUCUCGUGUCCCGGCGGCUCCUCACCAAGACCAAUCGUCUUCCUCGCUGGGCGGAGCGCAUCUUCCCAGGGAGCCUAACACGAUCGGUGUACAUCAUAGAGGAUUCUGUCGUCGACCUCAGCAACAGAAGCCUCACGACACUGACCUGGAACAUAAAUCAUGCUAAAUUCAUGCGGGUCGUGGAGCGCUGUGUGUUUCAUGGUGAGCGGGAAAGCCCUGUUCGGACGCAGCUCACCAGAGAAGCCUGGAUCUCAUCAGGAGUGUUUGGUCUCUCUAGACCAAUACAGGAGUUCGGUUUGGCCAGAUUCAGGAGUAAUCAGGUGAAAUCUAUGAAGGGUUUGGAGUAUGCUCUAUCAAAUCUACAGAAUGCAUCAAGCUCAUGUCAUGGAGACACCUCCAAAGAUUCUCCAGAGAUACCCAAACACCUCAAUUCUGCCUCCAAAUCCCAGAAACCGCAGCAGUUCAUAUGAGCAAUAUCUCACCAACAUGUCCAGGUCACGUUUUACAUGAAAAUCAAAAACCUGUUUUUAGGAUUUUUUGCAUUGUUACAUUUUAUGACAAUUAAAUUAAUUCUCAUUAGUGCAUUGCAAAAAGUGCACAUUUAUUUAAAUGGUAAAGUAUUUACACCUCAUGGUAAUAUUUGUUGUAUUGCCUUUUAAUUAAAAUUGAUUUUAAUAGUAAUAAAAAAAAUAUCGUAUUACAGUAAUAAGAAUGACGACUGAAAAAUGCUUAAUUUUCAUAAAAAUUAAGUACAUUUUAAAAUUAUGUCGCAAUAUAAAUAAGCAUUUUAUUGUAUUUUUUUUUCGAAAUAAAAUGUAUUUAUUUUUGCUUCUUUUGAUUUUGGAGUAAAAAUAGGACCUGAACAUGUUUACAUGAGAUUCAUCCAUAAAACAAACUACUGUUUAAUGGCUGCUAAUAUUAAAGCUCAGGGAACAGUUUAAUGAAGACUGAAAUGUGAAUGCUUGAUAACGCUGAGUUAUUUAUGGCUGCCUGCUAAGCAUGAAAAUAUAUAAAUCGUGCAUCAGAACACAUACAGUAUACUGUACAUGCUGUUAUGCACCAUAUUUAUAUUUAUUUUGAAAUGUAACACAUUCAUUAGAAAUGAACUCAGGGACAGAUGUAAAACUGGAGCUGUCACCUCUCAACGAGCGUUUCUGUUUAAAUGUACAGUAGCUUGUGCUGUUUAGGUUAUUAUUAUAGUUUAUACAUUCAUCAGCGCUGAAUAUGCUGAGGCCAAAUUGUGCUACAAUAAUCAAAUGUGAACAAACUUGUGACAUUGUUUAUUCUUGCUUUCAUUGAAAUGCACAAGAUGCUCUUUGGAACACAUUCUCAAAUCGUGCUGAUCGUCAUGUUUUGAUCAUGCCGGCUCGAGUGCAUGAACACGUUGUGCUGAUAAUAUAAUUUUCACAUUCAACUCUGUAAUGCAGUCUCUCACUCUACUAAUGUUUUAAUUAGUUUCUAGUCUAACAAGUCCUGAGAAAUCACCUUUUUAAUAUGGAUAUAAUCGUACUACAAGACUACAGUUCAUUCAUUUCAAUCUUUUUACUAUUAUAUUAUCAGCAUGUUAAUAUUGCAUCAUCAUCAUUAUUAUUAUUAUUAUUAUUAUUAGACAUAUCAGUUAUUUAAUACAUUUCAUUGUAGAAUUUUUCAGCAGCUUUACAUUUGAAUUUAAAGUGUUUUAAUAUUUCUGCUCAUAGUAUCUGUUCAUUUAAAUUAAUGGAGGAAAACUAUACUGCAAUGCUGUAAACUGUAAUGUAUGUACUUUCUAAUAAAACAAAACGAUAAACUUG